CUCUCUCCUCGAUCGAUCGAAAUCGAUGACUCGUUAACUCGGACGAUUCCAAUAUUGAAAGCUGCGUACCUUAAAAAAAUAAAUAAACCCUUCAAAGAAGUUUUUAUUUUUAUUUUUAAUCUUCUUCGCCAAUUGCCGGAAGAAUCUUCAGAAUAUCGCUUCUUCAUCUUCUUCGUCUAGAAUUCUUUGAUUCUACUGUUACUUCCUUCUUACUAUUCGAUCAGCUUCUUUUUAUCAUCCUCUGUUUCCCUCUACAGCAUUUUUUUUGUUCCCACGCUGGAUGAGGUUUCAAUUGUUUUUCCCAUUUCAUUCGGCAUUGUGCUCGGAUCGAUUGAUUUGACACGAGUUUUCUGGAAUUCUGCAAUUGGGUUUGCGUCAUUCCCUGUAUUUCGACCUGGGUUUGUUCCAAAUUUGAUUUUUUUCUCUGGUGGAGAGGAGGAGUUUCUUCGAUUGGACCUUCUAUAUUUGGAGAUUCGGGGAUGUUUUGCUGGGUCUAUUAGGGUUUGCAUCUGAGUUGGAAAAGAAGGAAGAGGAUCUGGGGUUUAGGUCAACAGAAUCACGGCAACGAGGAUGAUCUUCUUGUGGGUAUACUAAAUCGACGGUUUGGAUACGAUCGGAGGAGAGACAGCGCCAUCAGAUGGCGCUGUUCCGACGCUUCUUCUAUAAAAAGCCUCCAGAUCGGCUUCUCGAGAUCUCCGAGCGUGUCUAUGUUUUCGACAGCUGUUUCUCCUCCGACGUUUUGGGAGAAGAUGAGUACAAGGUGUACUUGGGCGGUAUUGUAGCACAACUACAGGAUCAUUACCCAGAUGCUUCUUUCAUGGUGUUCAACUUUAGAGAAGGGGAAAAGCGGAGUCAAAUUUUAGACAUAUUGUCUCAAUACGACAUGACGGUAAUGGAUUAUCCUCGGCCAUACGAGAGCUGUCCAGUGUUACCUCUGGAAAUGAUUCAUCACUUCCUACGGUCAAGCGAAAGCUGGUUGUCAUUGGAGGGUCAGCAGAAUGUGCUGUUAAUGCAUUGUGAAAGAGGAGUAUGGCCUAUUCUUGCCUUUAUGCUAUCGGGACUUUUAUUGUACAGAAAGCAAUAUAACGGUGAGCAGAAGACACUUGAAAUGGUUUACAAGCAAGCUCCAAAGGAACUUCUUCAUCUUUUGUCUCCUUUGAACCUGCAGCCUUCUCAACUAAGAUAUCUUCAGUACAUUUCAAGAAGAAAUCUGGGUUCUGAUUGGCCUCCUCUAGACACACCUCUUCUUUUGGAUUGCCUGAUUCUUAGAGAUCUUCCACGUUUUGAAGGGGGAAAGGGUUGCAGACCAAUUGUACGAGUUUAUGGUCAGGAUCCUAAAGCACAAUCCAACAGGAGUUCCAUUCUUCUCUUUUCCACUCCAAAAACAAAGAAGCAUGCUCGCCUCUACCAACAGGAAGAGUGUACCCUGGUGAAAUUGGAUAUUCAUUGUCGUGUUCAAGGGGAUGUUGUGCUUGAAUGUAUACACUUGCAUGAUGAUUUUGUGCACGAGGAGAUUGUGUUCAGAGUCAUGUUUCACACGGCGUUUGUGCGAGCUAAUAUUUUAACACUCAGUCGUGAUGAGAUAGAUACUCUUUGGGAUGCGAAGGAUCAGUUCCCAAAGGAUUUUAGGGCAGAGGUGAUAUUCACGGAUGCCGAUGCCAUUGUGUCUGCUAUCACAACAGCCCCACCGUCAGAAGAUGAGAGCGAUAUGGACGUGGCUUCACCUGAUGAAUUUUUUGAGGUGGAGGAGAUUUUCAGCAGUGUGGUUGAUGGGAUAGAGCAUAAGGGAGACUCAGAUAGUUUUGUAGUUGUUGAUGCUGCUUCAGAUGAUUCAGAGGGUAAAGAAAUGUGGAAGGAGGACAUGGAGCCCCAUGCAUUUCUAGAUUGCGCAUCUGAUGAUUCAAAUCAUAAACUUCAUGCAGAUUCUAGCACAGAUUUGGUUAAGGAUAUUACUGUUGAUGAUGUGAAGUACAGGUCAGAUGGGAAGGCAGAUUCUGAUAUUGACUCGGUGAAGGAUAUAGGAGUAGAUGAUGGUGAUAUGCAGCGAAAUGAAAGCACAGUGGAGUUGAAGAAAAAUGAUUCUGGAACAGAACAAAUCCAAGGGAAAGGUGAUGGAGAAGGCAAUGCUUUGCAGAAGGAUGUAGAAUCUAGAGCUCAGAAAACAUAUACCAUUCUCAACAAACUGAAAUCUGAAAAAACGCAAUCUACAGCCAGGAAACAAGUUGGAACAGAUGAUAAAACAAAUGCUGAUACAAUCAAGCAGAAGUCUAAGCUGCAAGAAACUCAGGGUCCUAAUGUAAGGAUGGCUAAGCCAAAUACAGCAUCCCAGUGGAUCCCCUCGAAUAAGGGCUCAUAUAAAGAUUCAAUGCAUGUGUCGUAUCCCCCGACGAGAAUUAACAGUUUACCUGCUACACUUACCAGUUCUAUCAAGGAUUGGAAAAGAGCUUCAUCUCUUGAUGGGGUGGUUGUUCUGAAGGAUGCUAAGGCAAAAUCUUUGAGAGCUAGCGUUUCUGCUCCAGAGAUGCGGAGUCGGUCUCCGAUUUGUUCGUCACGCGGUCCUGUCGCAAAGGAAAAGACCUCUUCUACACCUUCUUUAGUGCAGACCCCUCCGCCUCCGCCUCCGCCUCCGCCUUCACAUCUACCUUCUCUAGCUAGUAAGAUGACAUCAGUUCUUCAAUAUUCACUAGCAGCUACAUCACCUCCACCUCCUCCACCGCCACCUCCGGUUUGUGGGAACUUGGCUUCCAGAGUUGCUGCUCCGCCCCCUCCUCCUCCACCCCCACUAUACUCUUCAUUGAGCCAAAUUGGAGUCCAAUUUAAACCAUCUCAGGCUUCCCAACCACCGCCUCCCUCUCCACCUCCACCUCCACCUCCACCUCCACCUCCACCCCUACACCCACACCCGUUAGCAUCCGAGAGGCUGAAUAGUGGAAUCAUGGUGCCUCUAGCACCAACACCACCACCACUUUGGAAAUCUGUGCAUGCUUCAUUUUUUCCAACUCCAGCGACUAUAUCCCCUUCUACCCCUCCACCUCCACCUCCACCUCCACCCCCACACCCGUUAGCAUCCGAGAGGCUGAAUAGUGGAAUCAUGGUGCCUCUAGCACCACCACCACCACCACUUUGGAAAUCUGUGCAUGCUUCAUUUUUUCCAACUCCAGCGACUAUACCCCCUUCUACCACUCCACCUCCACCACCCCCUCCACCUUUUACCUCAUCGAUUAAUACAAAAGCAAAUGCAACUCAAGUUCCCUCUCCCCCUCCACCUCUGGUAUAUGGAUCUGCAGCACCUCCUCCACCCCCUCCUCCUCCCUUUAAUCAUAUUGGUUCAGCCCCUCCUCCUUCAACGGAUUACACAGCUCCAUCUCCACCUCCUUUACAUGGUUCUCCCCCUCCACCACCUCCCCCUCCUUCAAUUGGAUCUUCACCUCCUCCACCACCGCCUCCCCCCCUCCCCCCGCCACCACCACUUAGAUAUGGAGCCCUAUCUCCACCUCCACCUCCACCUCCACCUCAUUUUCGUGGACCUCCUCCUCCACCACCUCCCCCUCCUUCAAUUGGAUCUUCACCUCCUCCACCACCGCCACCACCACUUAGAUAUGGAGCCCUAUCUCCCCCUCCACCUCCACCUCCACCUCAUUUUCGUGGACCUCCUCCUCCACCACCUCCCCCUCCUUCAAUUGGAUCUUCACCUCCUCCACCACCGCCACCACCACUUAGAUAUGGAGCCCUAUCUCCACCUCCACCUCCACCUCCACCUCAUUUUCGUGGACCUCCUCCUCCACCACCUCCCCCCUUGAGUGGAGGUGGACUCCCCCCUCCACCACCUCCCCCUUCUGCAACUGGAUCUUCACCUCCUCCGCCACCGCCGUCUCCACUUAGACCUGGAGCCCCACCUCCACCUCCACCUCCACCUCCAGUGAGUGGUGGUGGUGGUCCACCUCCGACUCCUCCUUUGUUGCGUGGAGGCCCUCCUCCACCACCUCCUAUGAGCAAAGGAGGGCCGACACCUCCACCACCUCCUAUGGGCAGGGGAAGGCCGCCGCCACCACCACCUCCUAUGGGCAUGGGGGGACCGCCGCCUCCACCACCUCCUAUGGGCAAAGGAGGACCGCCGCCUCCACCACCUCCCGGUGGCCGUGGACCUGGUCCACCUCCACCUCCAGGUGCACCAAAACCUCCUGGAGUUGGAGGUGCAAUUGAUCCGAGGGGUGCGGGAAGGGGGCGUGGCCUUGCACGUCCUGGAUUAGGAGCUACAGCAAUGAAAAGAUCUUCUUUGAAGCCAUUACACUGGAGUAAAGUGACAAGGGCCUUGCAGGGAAGCUUGUGGGAAGAAUUACAGAAACAUGGAGAAGUACAAACAGCGCCAGAAUUUGACGUAUCAGAGAUAGAGACUCUUUUCUCUGCUACGGUGCCAAAACCUGUUGAUAAAUCUGGAGGCCGACAGAAGUCAGUUGGGGCGAAACCUGAAAAGGUUCAUCUGAUUGACCUUAGAAGAGCCAAUAACACGGAAAUUAUGCUUACCAAAGUUAAGAUGCCGCUGCCUGAUAUGAUGGCUGCAGUUCUGGCAAUGGAUGAUUCUGUUUUAGAUGUUGAUCAAGUUGAGAAUCUUAUAAAAUUUUGCCCAACUAAGGAGGAGAUGGAACUUCUUAAGAACUACACUGGUGACAAGCAGACCUUGGGAAAGUGUGAACAGUACUUCCUGGAGUUAAUGAAGGUGCCUCGAGUAGAAUCAAAACUUCGAGUGUUUUCUUUCAAGAUUCAGUUCGGCACUCAGAUAACAGAAUUCAAGAAAAGUUUAAAUAUUGUAAAUUCUGCAUGUGAUGAGGUUCGAAAUUCACAAAAACUGAAAGAAAUUAUGAAGAAGAUUCUUUACCUUGGGAACACAUUGAACCAAGGAACUGCCAGGGGCUCUGCAGUUGGAUUCAAGCUGGAUAGUUUAUUGAAAUUAACCGAUACACGAGCUGCUAACAGCAAGAUGACUCUCAUGCAUUAUCUUUGCAAGGUCCUUGCUUCCAAGGCACCGUCUCUGCUGGACUUUCCAAAGGAUCUUGGCAGUCUUGAGGCGGCUACGAAGAUACAACUGAAAUCUUUGGCCGAGGAAAUGCAAGCUAUAAUCAAAGGGUUGGAGAAAUUGAAGCAAGAGCUUUCCGCGUCGGAAAAUGAUGGCCCUGUUUCUGAUGUUUUUCGUAAAACGUUGAAGGAGUUCAUUGCUGUUGCCGAUAAAGAGGUGACAUCAGUCACGAAUCUAUACUCUGUAGUGGGCAGAAAUGCCGAUGCACUUGCGCUCUAUUUCGGGGAGGAUCCUGCUCGUUGUCCAUUCGAGCAAGUUACUGCAACCCUCUUGAAUUUUUCGAGGUUGUUCCAGAAAGCACACGACGAUAAUGUCAAGCACGCCGAGCUGGAGAGGAAGAAAGCAGAGAAAGAGGCAGAGAUGGAGAAGGCCAAAGGGGUCAAUCUCACUAAGAAAGCCGUAGAUAGCUGACAACUACUGAAUCUCAUCACCCCCAUUCCAAUGGGAAGGAACCGCCCUCUUUCCAUGGUUCUGUUCAGGGACCUCUCCCAAGUCAGUCUCUUCCGCACUGGUCUGACUACGAAAACCGGCGGCUAGUUUCGUGGCUGUUCCUCGAGGCACAUGAACACAAACACCAAAAGGCCUGGCUCUGCCUGCUCUCGAGGUUCCAGAGAGACGUUUCUUGGAUGGAACUUGAUGAGAAACGAUGAUCUUGAUCUUGACCCUCUUCUGGAUGGAUUUCGCAGGCACAUCUGUAAGGCCGGCCCCUCGGGGGUCAGAAAAGGCGCAGAAGAUUACGCAAGUGUACAACUGCAAGGACGUGUACAAAGCUCUAACCCACUCUGGCUACAUCACGUUAUAUUUAGACAAUUGGUAUUUGAUUCAUUGUUCUAACUUUGUAAAGUAGAUUCAUUCUUGUUCUCUUCCAAUAGAGGAAGUUUUGGUAGAUCAUUUGUUGUACAGGGGGGUUUACGUCAAAGGGUUCAGGUAGAGAUAGAGAUGUAGUAACCUCCACUUAGUUUUUUUUUUUUUUUGUCUUUUUGUUGUAACUGUACCAUAAUUAACACAAUACGUUCUUAGGAUUCACAUCUGAAAACAUAAAUCCAUGUUUAUGCAUCUUAAGACACUCUUUUAAGUUUGUUCUGUUUCUUGAUU